AUGCAGCGGCAGCUGUCUUUUGUGAUAAUACUUGCAUUGCCGGGGCCGGGUGCGUCGAACGCAUUCCACCACCUGUUUGAACACGCGCACGAUUGGGACCAGUACGAAAGCUCGACAUCCACGAGCUUGACGCUCGAAAGCUCCGCCUUGAUGGCGAGCACCGUCGCACCGAUAAUUCCUAUUCAAACUACUUCCUAUGCAUCGACUUUAGUGACGGCAACCCGCGCCGCGGCGUUCAGCGUCUCGAUCUCCACCACAUCCAACUUCGUGCUCAAUCCAACGGGGACAAGCGCCGCGCGAAAACCAACGUCGGAUUCGUCAAGUAUCGUAGCCUUCGCCAUUAUUGUACCGCUCGUCGCCCUGAUCGCCUUCAUAUCUGUGAUCGUGUUCCGGAUGUAUAGGACUCGGAAAGAGCGAGAGGAAGCUGCGGCCGCUGCAGCGGCAAGGGCCAAAACGAAGGCGAUCGAGCAGCAGAUCUACGACAUGGAGUCUCUGUCCGAAAAUUUUGAUUUGGAAAAGUAUCGGACAACAUCUGAGGUGAAGGAACUCGAGGGCGCGAAGGAUAUACCUAUCGACAUACCCAUUGAGCUGGAGGCGGAAGAGCCGGAUAAGAGACGAUAUCAUGGGCUUUGA